UUUCUGAGGAUAGUGAUCCGGUGGUUGUAUUUGAACAGCUGUUGGUUGGCUGCUUAUGUGUGCUACCGCAGAAGAAAGGAUAAAAUCCUUGGCCAAGAGGCUCAAAACUUGAUUCUUUCCAAGUCCAUAAUCUUUAUCGACUUUACACUUGCUUUCCAACUGACGAAACAGAUAACAACGUCUCUCUCAACUAGAGUCUCCAUCAAUCAGCAUGGGAUGUUGCUUCAGCCUCCCGGAACCGCCACCGCCCAGGCGGUCUAAAUCAAAACCGAAGGGAUAUAUCGUGCUUCCCAAUGGGGCUCGUGUAAAACCCCGUACUGAUGGCCCACCCAGACAUGGCCGCGAGCAUAGCCAUCGACAUAACCAUCGACAUAGCCAUAAUCAUGGUCACGGACAUGGCCAUAAACAUAGUCAUCACCAUGGUCAUCACCGCCAUCAUCACAGGGAAUCAAGUCCGUCUGGGACAACUCUUGUGCCCAACCAAGGAGAGCCAGAAGCUGGCAAUGAGCAAUGAUCGAUGGAAAUGGUGUUACUUGUAGUUCCUAGCUGCUAAUUGAAGCCAUUGGCUCUUCGAUGCUCAUAUCUCGUGAUGUAUUUUCUC